AUGCCAGUCUUUAUCAAGAAGCCGGAUUGCUUGUUCGUGACGGGCUAUCGAUUUAGCACAAUCAGGAAACGGACGACAGCAGAAAGUCAGAUCUUCUUAAUGGGACAGAAAUGGCCCAAAUCGGGGGUGUCACAUUUCAGUUCCAGUAAGGAACACAGGGCGAAACAAGGAGUCAAGGGAGAAUCUAAACCAGAUUGCUCCACUUAUUGCACAUCUAGCAUCCAGGCUCCAGCCAAAGCGACGCCUGCCGGGAGUCUCGUGCAAAUUCAGCCAAAGUCGGGUUUGACAUGGUCGAUGAUAAGAAGAUGGUUUCGAGACCCAAGUCAGGAGUCACUGGCUGCAAGUAGCCGCAACCCCGCGAGCACCUUGCGGACUGCAACUCUGGACCACAGCGGUAUUUUCACCAUAUUUGGAAAUGACAACAUGUACACGAUCUCUUUUCGAUCGCAGAAUCGCAGAAUCGCAGAAUCAGAGGACUCUUGUGGCUUCAUCGUUCAAAGCUUCAUUUGA